AUGUAUUUAUUAACGCUGCUUGAAAUCAUUCUAGUUACUAUAUAUUGUGCAAAAUUAAUCAACAAUAUUUGCUGCAAAGAAGUUAACAUUAUUGUAAGAGUGACAUGUUUGAUUUCAUGGUUGACGAAUUUUAUUUUGCUAAUUUUGUUACCAUUAGAUAUUUAUGUAACAUUUAGAGAUCAAGAAACAAAUAGCAAUUAGAGUGAUUUGGGUGUGCAUUCGAGAGAAUAUGAAGCAAUAGGAAAUAUGUAUCAAAUAUUGUAUUGGGCCAAUUUCAUACUUUGUUGGACGAUUAUUCCAAUAAUGUAGGAAUAUGAGGAAGCGACUGAUCUUAAUCAAGCUUAAAAGUUAAUGAGAUCCUUGAUCAACAAUGGCAAAUUUUUUCUAGUGAUUGGAAUUGCUGGCAUUGUUUUUAUUGUCAUAAUUGUAAUGACAGGAUAAGCAUCAGAUUAUGGUUUAACUAAGUUACUCAAAAGUAUGGCUAAUUCUUUUGGUGUGGCUUUGAUUAUAGUGUUGUUGGGAUAUUCUCUCAUUGCAGUUCCAAGGGCUCAUAUGAGAACUUCCACUUUGGAUGUUCAGAUGAAAUAUUUGUAUUUUAAAACAGCGAAAAUCACAGAGGAAAAGGAUGAGGCUCAACAUGAAUUAUAAGAAAAGGCUAAGAGAGUAGUGGGUAUUCGAAACUAAUAAAAAUUUUAAUAAGAAUCCUCAAAAAUAUAUUUAAAGAUCAGUAUUAAGACAAUUCCAAAAACUAUGUAUAAGGAUUUAGUAGAGGAGGAUGCAAAAUCCAAGGCACCAGGGAUAUCUUAUUUGUAAAGAAUGUUCUUUAAGGAAUAACCUGAAGCCACUGAUGAGGAAAUGGUUGAAAUAUACAGAGAUAUUCGAUAGAAGGCAAGAACUUUUAGAAGGUUGAGAGCAGCAUGGAAAGAGAAUUGCAGGAAAGCAUAUGCGUUAGAAAACGUCAUAAAUUCUGUAGAAAAUUCUGAUAAAAAGAUUCAUUAUGAUUUAAAAUCAAAUAACAGGGAAGGGUCUUGCUCUUAACAAUUGGAUACUUUGGAAUGGUAUUGGCUAUGUUAUUACAAACCUCAAUUCAAAAUAUUGUUUUCUUUGUUUUUAGGGAUUCUAUCUUUGUUGGUUGUUAUAUCUGAAACUACGCUAUUUAUGAACACUCCAUUUACUAUAUUUGGAAUGCCUAUAUCCUUAUCAUCUGGAGUGAUAGCCCUACAAAUCUUUUGUUUUGUUCCUUUGUUUUAUAUAGCAUUUUGUGUUUAUUAUGGAAUGUUUAGAAUUAAGAUAGCAGGAUGUUAUGGAUUAUACGAUGAUCAUUAAACUGAUGCUCCUAGUUUGUUAUUUGCUACAAUAAAUUUCAGUAGAGUAGCAGCUCCUCUAUGUCAGAACUUUUUGAAUAUGUUAAGAGUCAAACAAAGAUUGAACUGUGAGCCAGCAUUCAAAUAUGCAAUGGGAGAAAUGGAAUUUGUACCAAUUUUUGGAGUUAAUGUAAUUUAGUUGAUGCCUGCUCUACUGCUCUUUUUGUGUUUCAUUAAUUACUUUGAUUUGUAUGAUAGAUUUAUGAAUUUCCUUGGAUUAAAAGAAUUCAUGUUUACUGAGACAUUCUCUGAUCGCCUUAUUUUUAGAGGUAGAGAUGCUUUGAAGGACAAGAAGGCUUAUUUUAUUCAGAAAAAGUCGAAGGUGUAGAAAGGUACAAAAAAAGAAGGUGAUAUUGAAUUACUUAAUAUUUAAUGA